UGUUUCCUAUUUCCAUCUCCAUUUUGCUUUGAACGAUUAAGUAAUCAAGCUAACAUAAAGAUGGCCAAAACCCUAUUCUUAAUCCUCCCUCAUAUCCUUUAUCUAAUAACCAUUAAUGUUUCCUUUUGUACCCUAACAGCAUCAUCCCCUCCCCCUUACAAAGCCCUAGUCUCUCCCAUAACCAAAGAUCCCACCACCUCCCUCUACACCAUUCCCAUCGACAACCGGCGCCCAUCGGUCGUCGACCUCGCCGGCCCCCUCAUCUGGUCUCUCUGCGCCCCCGACCACCCGACUGUCGCCUGCGGAUCGAAGACCUGCGCAGCUGCCACCGAAUUCCGCCCUCCGAAUUGCAGUAGCAACACUUCUCGCCCUCCAUCUGAUCUCUACAAACCGCACUGCAACUGCACCGCAUACCCGGUAAACCCCGUGACGGGUCUCUGCGCCCCUGCUGACCUAACCCUAACCACCGUCACCGCCAACGCCACCGACGGUAAAAACCCGAAGUAUUCGAUCGCCUUCUCCGACUUCAUCUCCUCGUGCUCGAUCAAAAGCCUACUGCAAUCCCUACCGGCCUCAGCCUCCGGCGUAGUCGGCCUCGGCAGGUCGGAACUGUCGCUACCGCAACAGCUAUCGGCCGAAGCCAAGUACGCAAACAAAUUCGCGCUCUGCCUCCCGGGCGGAGGAAUCGGCGUGGCCUUCUUCGGGAGUGGGCCUUUGUACCUGCUUCCGCCCAUACUGUCAGCGAUCAGUGACAAUUUACAAUACACUUCCUUGAUAAAGAACCCUACGAACCCCGGGUACUACAUCGACGUCGAGCACAUCGCGAUUGCCCUGAAACAAGUCCCGUUACCGCCCGACGCACUUGCACUCGAUAAGCGCGGGAACGGCGGUGUGGCGCUGAGCACCGUGAAGCCGUACACGGCGCUUCGGAGCGACAUAUACGAGCCGUUCCUGAAAGCGUACAGCGCGGCCACGACGGGCAUCCAGCGGAUGCCGGCGACGGAGCCGUUCGAUCUCUGCUUCAACAGCAGCGGGCUGGCGUCGACAAGGCUCGGAUACGGCGUGCCGGAGAUCGACGUGAUGCUGAAGGGGGGGAAGAAUUGGACGGUUUCGGGGGCGAGAUUCGAUGCAGCAGGUCGGGCGCGGAGAACGCGUCUUUGGCGUUCGUCGAACGGAGGGGCGCGGCGCGGCGGCGCGUGGUGA